AAAAGAAAAAAAGAAAGAAAAAAUCAUAGCAAAAAGAAAGAAAGAAGCACAUUAUUCCAUUGCAAGAAUCGCAAAGAUUUUGCUUCCUUUUCACGUCUCUUUCUCUUUUGAUGCUGACUGUUUCGCCAUUAAAGCUCUCACUCCCUUCCCCACCUGAAAAUCGCUACUUCCUUCCAGGAGGCUUCUCUUCUCGUCUCUUCUCUUCUUCACCCUAUAAAACCCAUUUUCAGUAGUGUCCUUGCGUACCCAUUUGGGCUUCUCUUCGGUUAUGGCGAAGGGUGGGGAAGUUUAUGCUGCUCUGUUUUUGCUCGUUCUUCUUCGGUGUAAAUUCUUUGCGUUUGCGAUUUUAAACCCGCUUGAUUUCUUGGCUCUGCAAUCCAUCAGGAAAUCGCUGGAUGAUUUGCCUGGCUCCAAUUUCUUUGCUUCCUGGGAUUUCACUUCGGACCCCUGCAACUUCGCCGGUGUUUAUUGUGAGUCGGAUAGGGUGAUUGCUCUUAAUCUUGGCGAUCCGCGGGCGGGUUCGCCGGGUUUGACAGGGAGGAUUGAUCCGGCGAUCGGGAAACUGUCUACUUUGGCUGAGUUGUCCAUUGUUCCUGGCAGGAUAAUCGGGUCUCUGCCGCAGUCUAUCUCACAGUUGAAGGGGCUUCGGUUUCUUGCCAUGAGCAGGAACUUCAUCUCCGGAGCGAUUCCAGCGACUUUCGCGGACCUGAGGAAUCUUAAAACACUUGAUCUUAGCUACAAUCAACUUACCGGAAAAAUCCCUUGGUCGGUUGGGACUUUGCCGGAGCUCUCCAACGUCAUUCUCUGCCACAACCGCCUUUCCGGCUCGGUCCCUCCUUUCCACUCCCAAACCUUAACCCGGCUUGACCUGAAACACAACGCCCUCUCCGGUCCGUUGGCGCCGCACUCCCUUCCCGGUUCUCUCCAAUACCUCUCUCUCUCCUGGAACCGACUCAGCGGACCGGUGGGCCAACUCCUGACCCAGCUCGACCACCUAAACUAUCUCGACUUGAGCGUGAACCAGUUCACGGGUCCCAUUCCGGGUCGGAUAUUCUCGUUCCCCAUUACCGACCUUCAACUCCAGAGGAACUCGUUCACAGGUUCCGUCCGGCCGGCUAAUCAGGUGACAAUCACGACGGUCGAUCUUAGCUACAACAGAUUGUGGGGCCAAAUAUCUCCCAUGCUCUCGACGGUACAGAAUCUAUACCUGAACAAUAACCGGUUUACGGGUCAGGUUCCGGGUAGCUUCGUGGACCGGAUACUGGACGCCAGCAUUCAGAUACUGUAUCUGCAGCACAAUUAUCUGACCGGAAUAGCGAUCAAUCCGAUGGCUGAGAUUCCUCUAAGUUCAUCACUGUGUCUACAGUAUAACUGUAUGGUCCCGCCGGUGCAGACGCCGUGCCCGUUGAAGUCCGGAAAGCAGAAGACGAGACCCACUUCGCAGUGUAACGAGUUGAAGGGGUAGAGUUGCAGAUUCGGCACCUUGUUGGGGGUAUUUUGGGAAGAGAGGAUAAACUGGGAUUUUGUCAUUCAUUUUUUAUUUAAUUUUGUGAUUUGUGGGUAGUUACUACUAAUUAGGUAAAUUGAUGAAUAAGAGAGUUGUUGAUACUAAAAAUGUUUAUUUGAUGAGUUUUGAUACUUAAGAAAUUGUAAUCUUAUGA